AUGGCAACAGUGGAACGCGGUAAGGAUGGUCUGCGAACGGACGUGUACUAUGGAGCCCUGGAAGAGACAGAAGCCAAAGGAUACCGUGCGGCUGGAAUUCUCUUGCUACGGAAACGACCAACCACCGAAGGACCAUCUUAUUUCGAGGCCACAACAACGACAUCAUCAUCAUCUAGCAUUCAGGUCUUGUGCUGUGCCGAAGUGCGCAAGAAAAAGAAACAAAAACCAAAGAAUGGGAUUGUGGAAUUGAACUUAUUGGGAGGAAAGAUUGAAGACGCCGAUGGAACCGAUUCCAGAGUCACGGCGGCGCGAGAGUUUUGGGAAGAAACGGGUGGGAUGGUGCCAUUGGCGGAAUGUCAACGCAUUUUGAAUCACGACAACAAGGUGUUGCCCAUUUGGUGUGGCCCUGGAAAGUAUGCCUUGUAUGUGGCGUACGAUGGCAACAACAAUCCACAGUGGGAUCAACUACCCGUGACGUAUUCCGAAGCACUGCAGUCGGGAAAGGAAUUGCCAGAGGGGGCCGAAGCGUCACAUUUGGUAUGGGUCGAUUGGGCUAUCAUCCAACAGUGUUCCCAAUCUCGCAAGAAGAAGAAGAAACCUGCCAAUGACAGUAUUGGUAGUGAUGAUGGGACAAUCUCCUUUCUGGUACCCUCCGCUGACAACACCGAUGGAGAGCGCAUAACGGUGCAGCAAUCCAACUUUGUCAAAUACCUCUUCCCAGACAGCAACUUCCAGGGUGGAGUCGAACUGGCCAUUCAAAAGUUCCUUCCUAGUAGUAGUGGCACAGAAACAACGUCCAAUAAAGAUGUCAAGGGCUCUGAAGGAGCCAGCGGAACAAAAGACGCGGUCGAGGCAAUGACCAGGUCACUGGAAAGUGUAACGAUAUAA